ACCAGCAGGAAGUCCGGGGUUGACGAUGGCUGUGUUGUUGAAAGGCCUGUAGCUGGGGCUACUCUUAGCCUAGCCUCGUUCCGGACCCCAACACGGCCCGGAACACUGUGGGCGAGACGGCGGUGGCGACUCUCCCCUUGCCGCCAUGCACGACGCUUUCGAGCCAGUGCCGAUCCUAGAAAAGCUGCCUCUGCAAAUCGACUGUCUCGCUGCCUGGGAGGAAUGGCUUCUUGUGGGAACCAAACAAGGACAUCUUCUUCUCUAUAGGAUUCGGAAGGACGUUGUGCCAGCAGCUGUAGCAUCACCUCAAAGUGGCAGUUGCAACAGAUUUGAAGUGACACUAGAGAAAUCCAAUAAGAACUUCUCCAAAAAAAUUCAGCAGAUCCAUGUGGUUUCCCAGUUUAAGAUUCUGGUCAGCUUGUUAGAAAAUAACAUUUAUGUCCAUGACCUAUUGACAUUUCAACAAAUCACUACAGUUUCAAAGGCAAAGGGAGCAUCACUGUUUACGUGUGACCUCCAGCACACAGAGACCGGUGAGGAAGUGUUACGGAUGUGUGUGGCAGUAAAAAAGAAGCUGCAGCUCUAUUUCUGGAAGGACAGGGAAUUUCAUGAAUUGCAGGGGGACUUUAGUGUACCAGAUGUGCCCAAGUCCAUGGCGUGGUGUGAAAAUUCUAUCUGUGUGGGUUUCAAGAGAGACUACUACCUAAUACGGGUGGAUGGAAAGGGGUCCAUCAAAGAGCUCUUUCCAACAGGAAAACAGCUGGAGCCCUUAGUUGCACCUCUGGCAGAUGGAAAAGUGGCUGUGGGCCAGGAUGAUCUCACCGUCGUACUCAAUGAGGAAGGGAUCUGCACACAGAAGUGUGCCCUGAACUGGACGGACAUACCAGUGGCCAUGGAGCACCAGCCUCCCUACAUCAUUGCAGUGUUGCCUCGAUACGUGGAGAUCCGAACAUUUGAACCGAGGCUUCUGGUCCAGAGCAUUGAAUUGCAAAGGCCCCGUUUCAUUACCUCAGGAGGAUCAAACAUUAUCUAUGUGGCCAGCAAUCAUUUUGUUUGGAGACUCAUCCCUGUCCCGAUGGCAACCCAAAUCCAACAACUUCUCCAGGACAAGCAGUUUGAAUUGGCUCUGCAGCUCGCAGAAAUGAAAGAUGAUUCCGACAGUGAAAAGCAACAACAAAUUCAUCACAUCAAGAACUUGUAUGCUUUCAACCUCUUCUGCCAGAAGCGUUUUGAUGAGUCCAUGCAGGUCUUUGCUAAACUUGGCACAGAUCCCACCCAUGUGAUGGGCCUGUAUCCGGACCUGCUGCCCACAGACUAUAGGAAGCAGUUGCAGUAUCCCAACCCACUGCCUGUGCUCUCCGGGGCUGAAUUGGAGAAGGCUCACUUAGCUCUGAUUGACUACCUGACACAGAAACGAAGUCAAUUGGUAAAGAAGCUGAAUGACUCUGAUCACCAGUCAAGCACCUCCCCACUCAUGGAAGGCACUCCCACCAUCAAAUCCAAGAAGAAGCUGCUACAAAUCAUCGACACCACCCUGCUCAAGUGCUAUCUCCAUACGAAUGUGGCCCUGGUGGCCCCCUUGCUACGCCUGGAGAACAAUCACUGCCACAUUGAGGAGAGCGAGCACGUGCUGAAGAAGGCUCACAAGUACAGUGAGCUCAUCAUCCUGUAUGAGAAGAAGGGGCUCCACGAGAAAGCUCUGCAGGUGCUUGUGGACCAGUCCAAGAAAGCCAACUCCCCUCUGAAAGGCCACGAGAGGACAGUGCAGUAUCUGCAGCGUCUGGGCACAGAAAACCUGCAUUUGAUUUUCUCCUACUCAGUGUGGGUGCUGAGAGACUUCCCAGAAGAUGGCCUGAAGAUAUUUACUGAAGAUCUCCCAGAAGUGGAGUCUCUGCCACGUGAUCGAGUCCUCGGCUUCUUAGUAGAGAAUUUUAAGGGUCUGGCUGUUCCUUAUCUGGAACACAUCAUCCACGUUUGGGAGGAGACAGGCGCUCGGUUCCACAACUGCCUGAUCCAGCUGUACUGUGAAAAGGUGCAAGGUCUGAUGAAGGAGUACCUCCUGUCCUUCCCCGCAGGCAAGACCCCAGUCCCAGCUGGAGAGGAAGAGGGCGAACUGGGAGAAUACCGGCAAAAGCUCCUCAUGUUCUUGGAGAUUUCCAGCUACUAUGAUCCGGGCCGGCUCAUCUGUGAUUUUCCCUUUGAUGGCCUCUUAGAAGAACGAGCUCUCCUGUUGGGGCGCAUGGGGAAACACGAACAAGCUCUUUUCAUUUAUGUCCACAUCUUGAAGGAUACAAGGAUGGCUGAGGAGUACUGCCACAAACACUAUGACCAAAACAAAGAUGGCAACAAAGAUGUGUAUCUGUCCCUGCUUCGGAUGUACCUGUCACCCCCCAGCAUUCACUGCCUGGGGCCAAUCAAGCUGGAACUGCUGGAGCCAAAAGCCAACCUCCAGGCUGCCCUGCAGGUCCUGGAGCUGCACCACAGCAAACUGGACACCACCAAGGCCCUCAACCUUCUGCCAGCAAACACUCAGAUCAAUGACAUACGCAUCUUCCUGGAAAAGGUCUUGGAAGAAAAUGCACAAAAGAAACGGUUCAAUCAAGUGCUCAAGAACCUUCUCCAUGCAGAGUUCCUGAGGGUCCAGGAAGAGCGGAUUUUACACCAGCAAGUGAAGUGCAUCAUCACAGAGGAGAAGGUGUGCAUGGUGUGUAAGAAGAAGAUUGGGAACAGUGCAUUUGCAAGAUACCCCAAUGGAGUGGUCGUGCACUACUUCUGUUCCAAAGAGGUAAACCCAGCUGACACUUGAGCCCAGCAUCUUGGGGAUCCAGCAGAUGGACAGCUUGGCUCUCCCAGAGAGGUGAAGGAGCACCUGGCCUUAGGAAUCCUGGCUGCCACCACCACAAGGCUCCCUAUUUGGACACUACUGGCUAUCUUGUGCCCUGGAACAACUCUGAAUUAAUUAGACUCAUGGUCUGGCAUUGCCAGCUUUUUAAUGGGAAAAGAGAUUAGUUAUACCUUAUACCAUUAUACUGUGGGCAAUUCAGUACCUGCUUGGUCAGGAGGAGGUGCACCAUCUUGCCUUUGCAUACCAGUCACCUGAACAAGGAAACUUGUCACAAGUGUUUGUAACCAUGGGGUUGUUCAUCAAGGGCUUUUCUAUUAAGAUAAGUAUACGACUUCACAAGGACCCCUCAGCAUGGCUCACUGGAGAGUUCCAUGAGAGAACAGCGCUCAAGCUUCUGGCCACAUGGACCCGAUGGCUCACGUUCUGUGUAGCGUUUUACGUCCCCAUGGUAGCCAUGCCCUGCACCCCUCAGUAGCCGCCCUAUUAGUUUUCAGUCUCCUUUUCUUUCUCACCAUUUAUCCCUUCCCUCACUGCCCUACCCAGGCUUUCUCUCCCACUUCCCUGACUCUGGGAAUAACUAAUAUUUAUGCAAGGUAAGAUGAGAAGCAAGGGGAAGUCUCAGUUCCUAGGAUUACAGUGCUAGUUGAUUGUCGGGUACGUUGUAAAUAGACCCUCUUUGGCCACACAUUCCAUGCCUAGAUGCCUCGGAGAGCACCACUCUCUGCCUAGGCCAGGCCCUGCGUCCCUCGCCUCAGGCCGGGCCGAGUGUGACCGCAGCUCCUGCGGAUGAGCCUGCCCUGUCUGGGGUAUGCGUGAUCCCUAGACACAUGUUCCCACAGAGGUCCCCGCUCCAUUUUCGCUCACCAGACACUCAGGCGAGCUGGCUUAGUCGUUGUGAGUGGCGAUGUGCUCUGGGCCCUUUCUCUUUUUCCAGCCAGUUUCCAUUCACUUGCCUUACAGCCUGCCCUGGCUCCCCAGCUUUGUUCGGCAGUGGUGUGGUUGGAGGGUUGUGCUGGGAUAGCACAGGAAGGUGGGUCCCGGCAAGACGCAGGGGAUGAGCGGACCUGGAACUGACAAUGGCAUGCUGCCACGUGUUCCUGAGAGGUGUUCAGGCACAGCAGAGAGGACGUGGGGGGCAAGAACAGCAGCACGCCGGUUUAAAAAUAGCUCACGGCCACACCUGUGGAGCAGUGUGGAGGAUCCUGCCACAGGUGCACAGGCUGGAGUUUCAGGCACUGCAGGCUGAGGACACACAGGGAGAGUGGCCCUGCCUCCUGUCCUCCCUGGGGUUUUUGCAGACUCGAAGUCUCACUGCACCAGUGUCUUCGAUGGUAUUGGGGUGGGUGAUGGUGCCCAACACUGACAGUUUUAGUGGCCUGUCCUUGACAUACCGUGGUCCUUUGGAAACCAUGGCUUCAUGCUGUGUGACAGAUCAAUGUGCUGAUGGUAAGUAGACUAGGCUCCCCCAGGCAUGCCGUCCGUGGGGGCCUGAAAAGACAGUGAGUGCCGUUGGCCCCAUUCACAGACGUGGGAGACUCUGCUCAGGCCUGUGAGGCUGGACAGGCCUUCACCAGAGUUCGGAGGAGCAGUGUGUGGCGCCACCUCCCAGCUGGCCAUACCCACACAGAAGCAGUGCUGCCUGUGGCCUCAUCCGGGCCAGCUUGGACUCUGCUUCCUCCAGGAGCAGCAGGGAAGCCUGGGCUGCCUCCCUGGAUAGCAGGAACUUGCCCUGCCACGUGUGCCCUGCCUUCCUGGCUAGCUGUGCUUGUUAUCUUCCAUUAUCACGAACUGUUUGAAGCAAUAGAAUAAAGAACGUGUGUUUUCUUUCCUGGUAUACAUACAUGACCCCAUCUGCCAAACUCCAUUCUCCUUCCCUCAGCUCUGCUCUCCACAGAGCUAUGGAGAAGGCUGGAGAUGAAAGCUUUGUAGUGAAGACUGCUAAAGGUCUCAUCACUGCUCCUCAUGAUAAACCUAAUAAAGCAAGAAACCAA